UAUAUGACAUGACAUUGACAUCUGACGUUUAGCACAACUUGCAUGCACUUUGUGCACACGUCCUAUUUCCCGUAUUUCUUUAAAUUUUCCUCCUCAACACCAAUAACCAAGCAUCAUGGACUACCAAAGUCGUCAACUGGCUGAAGACUACUUCCUUAGAGAGCCUGCGGACGCUCGGAUAAGUAGGAGACCUAAAGAUGAGCCGAAGGAAGAUCCUCACCCCAAUUUGAAGGUGGAAAUGCAAACGGUUCGCCUCAACCCAGACUCCCAAAAGUUGGUGCUAGAUACAUUGAGGUUUAUACAUGGUCCUGAUUUCAAACUGGGCAGUGCAAGCCUUUACAAGGACAAAGGCACUAACUUAGGCAAGAGGUACUGGAUGGAAAGAGGCAACCUUAUCGUGCAAGGAGGCUGCGAUUACUCUCUAACCGUCAAACCUGACAUUGAGUCAUCGGAAGCCAGGCUAAGAGCUUUUGCUCUGACCAAAUUAGAGAAAUACAAUUUCCACAAACCGCAUUGUGCUGAAGCGUUGGAAUUAGCAGGAGAAAACGUAGAAAAAGCUCUAGAAAUAUUAUUCAUGAAGUAUUUCAAAAUUGUAGCACAAGAAAAACCAGAAAAUAUACUGUCCCAAGCAGAAUUACUAGAAAUGAGAUCAGACGAAAAAGCUGUUUUAGAAUCAAUUUACGACACAAGUUUCAGAAUCAAAGACAAUAAUGUAUGGAUCGUUAAAUUAGAGUUAGACUAUUUAACAAAAAUGUACCAAAAUAAAGAGCUUGAAUUACCAAAAACAAAGAAAAAUAUAAAUUAUAACAACAACCUCAAAGCAAAACCUAAAGACGUGUGUAAGCUUUACCUCAAAGGUCCUUGUAGAUUUGGUGCUAAAUGUAAAUUUUUACACGAACGAAAAGAAGACACCGAAAAAGAAAUUAUUGAAGAUGUCAAAGAGGAUGUGAAAAUAACUUACGAAUUAGAAAUACGGUUUCCGGAAGAAACAUGGUAUCCAUAUCAGCCUCCAUUGCUCUUUUUCAAAAUGGAAAAUAAGAAUAAUGUUGUACCAGAAUUGACAUGUUUGAAAGUAACAGCCAGGUUGUUGGAUGAAGCAAAAGCGCUUGCACAAGAUGGAAUACCUAGCAUAUACUCUUUAGUCGAAUUAUUAAACAAUGAAGAAGAUAUUUUGAACUUUAUUAAGUUUGAUACAAGAAGUUUCCCCGAAUUGAGUGAUACAUUGUUUCCUCAGUUAAUAGAAAAUUCUAGUUUAAGUAAAGAAAAGUUACCAUCUCACUACAAGAAAAGUCAAAAUAGAGAUAAUAGGAGCAAUGUGAACUUUGAAGAAAUUUUGAGAGAAAACAAACACAUUGCCAAAAUGUGGGCGGAGAAAAUUGACAACAAUAGGUACCACAAAAUGAUGUCUGGUAGAAGAAAGUUGCCUGCGUGGAAAAAAAGGACAGAUAUAUUGAAUGCUAUGAAAAAGUCACAGGUGGUAGUUAUAAGCGGAGAAACAGGGUGUGGUAAAAGCACACAAGUGCCACAGUACAUAUUAGACGACUGGUUGGAACGGUUCCACAAGGACGGACCGCAGCACGUAGAGAUAGUGUGCACUCAGCCUAGGAGGAUAUCGGCUAUUGGUGUGGCGGAGAGAGUGGCUGACGAACGAGUUGAGAAGACCGGGCAAAUUGUUGGUUAUCAGAUACGAUUAGAAAGCAAAGUGUCAUCCAAAACGCGUUUAACCUUCUGCACAACCGGUAUACUCUUACGAAGGUUAGAAUACGACCCUCAGCUAAAGUCUGUUACUCACAUACUCGUGGACGAAGUGCACGAGAGGUCGGAAGAGAGUGACUUCUUGCUACUCAUCCUGAGGGACCUUGUCAAAGUCAGGAAAGAUCUCACAGUGAUACUCAUGAGUGCGACCUUGAACGCUGACCUCUUUUCGCAGUACUUCGAAAAGGUUCCAGUGUUAGAGAUUCCAGGUCGCACUUUCCCUGUAGAACAAUUAUUUUUAGAAGAUAUAAUGGAAUUAACGAAUUACGUGUUAGAAGAAAACGGUCCGUACGCUCGAAAAGUUAAAAAAGGAGACAAAAAAGCCGACCUCGAAACGGAGUUAGAAACAGCUGACGUUCGGGCUGAUUCUAACGAAGCGCCCAAACAGUCCAUACGAGACGACAACCUUACAAUAUCUCAGAUGCUGGCUCGAUAUCCUAAAUGCAGUAAAACCACUUGCAAGAAUAUGUACCUUAUGGAUAGCGAAAAGAUAAAUCAAGAUCUCAUUGAACACGUGCUUACGUACAUAGUGAAUGGAGACCACAAUUGGCCGAAAGAGGGCGCUAUUUUGGUAUUCUUGCCUGGUAUUGCCGAAAUCAUGUCCUUGCACGAUCAGCUUGCUGAGAGUCAUACUUUUAGUCCCAAGACCGGCAAAUUCGUCCUAGUCCCACUACACUCAACGUUAUCCAGCGAAGAACAAGCGUUAGUCUUCAAGAAGCCAAAGCCUGGCGCUCGGAAGAUUGUGCUGUCUACAAACAUAGCAGAAACGUCAGUGACGAUAGACGACUGUGUGUUCGUUAUAGACUGCGGGCGGAUGAAGGAGAAAAGAUUCGAUUCAAACCGCAACAUGGAGUCCUUAGACUUAGUGUGGGUCUCUCGGGCCAACGCGAAGCAACGCCGCGGCCGCGCGGGCCGAGUCAUGCCCGGCGUUUGUGUGCAUUUGUAUACGUCGCACCGAUACAACUAUCACAUAUUAGAACAACCCGUGCCUGAGAUACAUAGAAUACCGCUGGAACAACUGGUGUUGAAGAUUAAAAUACUGUCGCUAUUUCAAGAUAUGAGCGUGCAUGAAGUUUUAGGUAAAACAAUAGAACCGCCCACGAAACCGAACAUAGAUGGCGCUCUCGCUCGCUUGCAAGACGUCGGCGCGCUAGACAAGGGUUUCGCCCUGACUGCGCUCGGCAAGCACUUGGCCGCUUUGCCAGUGGACGUGCGGAUAGGGAAGCUGAUGCUGUUCGGUGCUAUAUUCUGCUGUGUGGACUCGGCUUUGACUAUGGCGGCUUGUUUGAGCCAUAAGAGCCCGUUUGUCGCGCCUUUUGGGAAGAAGUCUGAGGCAGACGCAAAGCGAAGAGAGUUUGCAUGUUUCAACAGCGAUCAACUGACAACGUUAAGAGCAUAUAGGAAAUGGCAGCUAGCAAUGAAGCGCAGCACGCACGCCGCUCUCGUGUUUGCAUCUGAGAACUUCUUAUCCCACAAGACGCUGAUGAUGAUGGCUGACAUCAAACAUCAGCUGUUAGGGCUGCUAGCGAGUAUUGGGUUCGUGCCUGACAUGCCGGAUCUGAGGAGAAAGAUGCGGAAGGACUCGGUUGAAAGCCUGACGGGAGAGGUGCUGAAUACCAACGGCAAUAACGACAAGCUAUUGGCUGCCAUCUUGUGUGCUGCAUUAUACCCAAAUGUUGUAAAGGUGCUAACCCCAGAGAAAUCCUUCCACAUGCAAGCCGGUGGGGCCAUACCCCGCCAACCAACUCCAGACGAACUCAAAUUCAAGACCAAAACGGACGGAUACGUCGCUUUACACCCGUCGUCCGUCAACUCUAGCGUCGGAUACUUUGGUAGUCCAUACUUGGUAUACCAGGAAAAGGUCAAAACCUCGAGGGUCUUCAUCAGGGAGUGCUCUAUGGUUCCGCAGUUGCCUUUGGUGCUAUUCUCAGGUUGCAGUUUGUCGGUGGAACUACACAACGGUACAUUCAUCGUUUCGUUAGAAGACGGUUGGAUUAUGUUCCAAGUUGAGAAGCAUGAGGUGGCCGAAAUGUUGAAAACGAUACGGAUAGAACUGAUCAAUCUUCUAGAAGAGAAGAUAAACGACCCCAGUUUAAAUUUACUACAUUACGAAAAAGGCAAUAAAAUAAUUAAAACGAUAGUUCAAAUUAUUAGCAAAGACUAGACACUGUAAAAAUAAUUAUAAUUGUAAUUCAAGGUCAAGUAUGAAAAUCAGCCAUUUUAUAAAAGUCCAAACAAUGAAAUUUUCGGUACUAAGCACUUUCUGAAAUAUAUUCCAGAAUUGACACCUGUCAUUCAUAACUUGACAGCUAUAACGUAAUACCACAGAUUUUAUAAAAAUGGCUGAUACUAAAACUUGACUAGCAUCGGAAAAUGAUUCUUAUGACUACGAUAUAAUGCUGUAAUCAGAGCUUCUUUUACACGAUAAGAUAUUCGAAAGUAAAUUAAAAUUAUGAAGUAUCGAAAUUUAAAAAUAUAACAAUAAUCUAGUAUAAAUAUUUGUGGUUUAUUCACAUUAUUGUAAAAAUUAAAUAUUUAUUAAACGAAUAGUCUCUCUAAUCAAAUGUGCUAUUGUAAAUAUGAAAUGUAAAUUAUGAAUUCAAUUUGUAAUUUAUUAUAUUUUAAAAAACAUUAUGUAAUAUUAUUUCAAGGCCAUUUUUUAUACGAAUCAAGAUUUUUUAAAAUACCCGUACCUUUACCUCCACUAAAAAAAUAUAAGCAUGAAUGUAGUGCGACAAUAUUGUUGCCAGAAGUUAUUCUUAUUGUUUCUGAAUGAAAUAGCUCGAUUUCUUUCUUUCUUUUUCUUUUAUGAAG